GGAGGCGCAUCGCCGGAGACCCGCUCAAACCCUCUCCUGACACAGACAGACGGACGGACGGACGGACGGAGGCAGGAGGCAUAUGCUGAAGCAAACAGUUGUGCGCUCGCUCUCCGAUCAGUGAACUCCGGAAGAGUUGAUACGGACAGUCAGGAUGUCCCAUAUCUCCGUCAACGACCACCUGGAGGGAUUCUAUCAGACUUCGAAGCUUUAAAAAGAUCCUUUGACGUUGACGAUGUGGAUGAACUUCCUCCCUUCUCCCCCUCCUCCCCCGUUCCCUCCCCCCUCUCCUCCACCUCCCUCCUCAACAAGACCAACGAGGGUCGAGGGUUCCCCACCUCCAACCACGGCUCCCCUGCCUUCCGUUCCCGGAUCAGCCUUGGUACCAACCCCAGCCCUGCCCAGAGCCCUGUGUUCAAGUCCCGCAUGGUCUCCAGUAUCUCCUUCAACAGAGCCAUGAACAGACCCGCCAUCAACAACAAUGGAGGGAGCUCCGGAGGCAUCACCAGGGCCUCUUCGUUCCAGAACAAGUUCAACCCUAAGGGUUUCUCCUCCUCUCUCUCUGGCCCAGGCAGUGAUAAUGAUAGUCUCCAUAGCUCCUCUUCUAGUCUGGAGUAUUCCAUCCAGGGAGGCGGAGGAGAAGGAGGAGGAGGAGGGGUACAUCCAGGCAAGCCAGGGUCUCUGUCCUACUCCACUAGCCCACAGAUGGAGCAGCGUCCUGGGCAGCAGCGUGGCGUGGGCCUGGGGAUGGGGAAGAAGUUCUCUUCCCAUGGGAGUGUGUUUCACUCUGAGCUAGAGGGGCCUAUGGGGCUGGGAGCUCCAGAGCCCAGGGGGGUCAGCCACGGAUCCAUGCCCAGUCUGGACCUCCAGAUGGGGGAAGGAGGAGGCGGGGUGAUGGGGCUGCGGGGGGCUGGAGGUGGAGGGGUGAGGUAUGGCAACGCCAAUGUGGGUUUGAAUGGCGGAUCCCAGCGGCAUUAUAACACCAGUCCCUUUGGGAAGGAAGGAUGCUACUCUCCCAAUCAGAACCACAACAGCUACCAGGCCCAGCCCAAACCCAAAGAGACGCAGCGUCUCAACAAGUUCCCCUGGAUCUGGACAGUCUGGUGGGGGUGA